AUGAGUUGCAACAAUCGUAUUGACUUCGUGCCCUCGCUUCCGGCACAGGAAGGACUAUGGAAGGGGCCCAUUCCACUUCCUGAGAAGCCCGCAGUUAUUGAAGAACGUAACGGCGAGAUAGAAUUUCGUGUCGUCAACAAUGGUGGUGACCAGGAGAGUCUCAUAGUCCUGGGUGGGCUGAAAUGUGUCUUCCAGAAGCAGCUACCGGAGAUGCCCAAGAGCUACAUCGCGCGCCUCGUCUACGAUAGAGCUCACAUGUCUAUCGUCAUUGUGAGGAAACCGCUAGCAGUAGUAGGUGGCAUCACGUACCGGCCGUUCAAGCACCGCAAGUUCGCCGAGAUUGUCUUCUGCGCCGUCUUGUCAGACGAGCAGGCCAAGGGCUACGGGGCGCACCUCAUGUCGCAUCUGAAGGACUACAUUAAGGCAUCAUCAAAUAUGAUGUAUCUCCUGACCUAUGCCGACAACUCGGCCAUCCCCUAUUUCAAGAAACAAGGUUUUACAAAGGAGAUCACGUUGGAUGACUCAAUUUGGAAGGGGUGUAUAAAAGACUAUGAGGGCGGAACUCUUAUGCAGUGCUCUAUGCUCCCAAGGGUUCGCUACCUAGAGGUAGGCCGCAUGAUCUUCAAGCAGAAGAAAUGCGUCCGUGCCAAAAUACAAGCCUUUAGUAAGAGCCACGUGAUCCAUCAACCUCCGAAACAGUGGGAGAACGGCCUUACUCCGAUUGAUCCCCUAUCCAUCGACGCAAUCCGGGCGUCAGGUUGGUCACCUGGUAUGGACGAGCUGGCUAGGCAAUCCCACCACGGCCCGAAUUACAAGCAGCUGUUACGUCUCUUAAAUGACCUCCAGGACCAUCAAUCAUCGUGGCCAUUCCGGCAGCCUGUCAGCGAGGACGAUGUCGCCGACUAUUACGAAGUCAUCAAAGAACCAAUGGACCUAAGUACUAUGGAAGCCAGGCUGGAAGCGGAACAAUACAUGACACCUGAGGAUUUCAUUAAAGACGCCCGGCUCAUCUUUGACAACUGUCGACAAUUCAAUGGUGAGAAUUCGCUCUAUGUGAAGUGUGCCAACAAGUUAGAGAAGUACAUGUGGCGACAGAUACGCAAGAUCUCCGAGUGGUCGCAUUUGGAGUAG